CUUGCGCGGAUGCAGAAUCAGGAGGAGUCUGCUCGUUGAAUUCGAGUGGCUGGCCACCGCCUUCCAUUCGCCCCCUCCCCCUCCGCCCGUUGCUGCAGGAGUCCUCUCUCCCACUGACUGGAUACAUGAAGAAUUACCCGUAAACGACAUCUUCCCUGCAAUAAUGGGCCGCCAGCUAAUUACUGCGUUGACGUGUUGAUAUAAAGAUAUUUCAGAUAUCAAAUAUGAAUCAUGCAUUUGAUAUUUCUGGCAAAUUUGCUCGUGAGCAUUCUUGCGUCCUGGCUCCAUCCAUCCAUAGCGGCAAUUGUUUCUCAAGGAGGAGAGAAUGAGGUGGUGGAGAGGGACGCAGUGUCAUUAUUGUCGGAGCGAGAGGCAACUGCAGCAGCGGCCACAGGCAACACAAGUCACCGUGCGGCUGAGCAUGUGAUCACCUACCCCUCUCGGCUCAUCUACUACCUGAACGAGGACUCAGAGAGCACCUACCAUGACCUGGACACCCGGGCUAGGAGCCAGGUGACAGAGGGUCAUGACCAGGCGGUCCACCUUGCUCAAGCCAGUUUCCAGUUAGAGGCCUUUGGCUCCAGAUUUGUACUGGACCUAACGUUAAACAAUGACUUGUUGUCGUCGGAUUAUGUGGAGAUCCACUAUGAGGAGGGUAAACCUGUUCUAUCAAAGGGUGGUGAGCACUGUUACUACCAUGGCCAGGUGAGGGGGGAAGAUGACUCUAAUGUGGCCUUGUCUACCUGCAAUGGGCUGCACGGAAUGUUUGAUGAUGGACUCUAUGUGUAUCUAAUUGAGCCUUUGCAACAGACUCACUCAAUUGAUACAGCUGCACGACCCCACACUCUGCGCAGGAGGCCCACCCUCCAGAGGAACAAUGACCAAGAGGAACUGGUGGAGGAGGAGCAGCUGCUUUCAGAGCUGGAGGACAUGUCCUGGCUGAAGCGCAGGAAAAAGCGGGCUAUGCCUCGGAAUGUCUUUGAGGAAAUGAAGUAUUUGGAGAUUAUGAUUGUCAGUGACCACAAUAUGUAUAAGCGACACAAGGCCAAGCAGCACACCAGGAACUUUGCCAAGUCGGUGGUGAACUUUGUGGAUGCUAUCUUUAAGGAGCACCUGCACACACGGGUAGUUCUGGUUGCCGUGGAGAUAUGGACGGACAAGGACCACAUUCCCAUCAGUGUGAAGCCACUGGACAUGCUGAAAGAUUUCUCUAAGUACCGGGCGCAGAGCAUCAAGCAGCACGCUGACUCUGUACACCUCUUCACCAAUGUGACCUUCCACUACCGCCGGAGCAGCGCAGCGUACUUCGGGGGCAUGUGCUCUGUGAGCCGUGGAGUAGGGGUAAACGAGUAUGGGACCACGUGGACCAUGGCUUCGUCACUCUCCCAGAGCUUGGCACAGAACCUCGGCAUCCAGUGGGAUCCAGCCGCCAAGAGAAAGGAAUGUGGCUGUGCCGACUCCUGGGUGGGCUGCAUCAUGGAGGAUACUGGGGUCCAGCAUCCCCGGAUGUUCUCCAAAUGCAGCAUCUCAGACUAUAAGGAAUUCCUGCUGAAAGGUGGUGGAUCCUGUCUUUUUAACAGGCCAAACAAGCUGUUUGAAUCCACAGAGUGUGGGAAUGGAUACAUUGAGGUGGGAGAGGAGUGUGACUGCGGCGCUAGAUCUGAGUGCUACAAGGAGUGCUGCAAGAAGUGUUCCCUAGCUAAUGGUGCACAUUGUGCUGAUGGACCUUGCUGCAACAACACUUGUCUGUUCUACCCGCGAGGUUAUAGUUGUCGCUAUGCGGUGAAUGACUGUGACAUCUCAGAGACAUGCUCAGGAGACUCUGGCCAGUGCCCUCCUAACCUUCACAAACAAGAUGGCUACCACUGUCAAGUCGACCAGGGACGCUGCUAUGGUGGAGAGUGCAAGACCAGGGGGAACCAGUGCAAAUACCUCUGGGGUUCAAAGGCGGGAGGCUCCGAGAAGUUCUGCUAUGAGAAGCUCAAUACAGAGGGAACAGAGAAGGGAAACUGUGGGAAGGAUGGAGAGAAAUGGCUCCAGUGCAGCAAGCACGAUGUGUUCUGUGGGUCCCUGCUGUGCAGCAACAUAGGACGCAACCCCCGCAUCGGGAUGAUGAAGGGAGACAUCACCCCCACCUCCUUCAACCAUCAGGGCAGGCUGGUGGACUGCAGUGGUGGCCAUGUUCUUUUGGACGAUGAGACUGAUUUAGGCUAUGUGGAGGACGGGACGCCCUGUGGGCCGUCCAUGAUGUGCCUUGACCGCAAGUGUCUGCCCAUCCAGUCCCUCAACAUGAGCGCCUGCCCAAGCGGGCCCAACAGCCAGGUGUGCUCAGCCCACGGGAAAUGUGAAGAAGCGACGGUACGACCCCAACGCCAGUGCCAUAUAAGGCCGGAGGAGAGGUCGAAGGGCACAGAGGGAUCCUCUGGACUGAACUUACAGCUGCUGAUUUUUGGCAUUAGAUUUACUUGAAAAAGAAAUAGAGGACAAUUUAACAAAUUCCAUCUUAGUCAUGUAGAAAUGCAGCCUUCUUCAACCCCACCCACCUAACAACCCCAUCCUGAUCUCUAGAGCCACAGAACUCCUCUCCUUUUCCUUUCAUCGUUAGUGCCAGUGCACAGGCGUUCAGGCGGAACUCACACCAUUAUAUUCUCUCACCAGGCAUGAUUUCCCGCACAGAGCGUGCAGCUCGCUGGCUCUGGCAUGAGGGGCCCUCGCUAAAGGACUUUGCAUGGCUACCAAAGCUAUGAACGACACACAGCAAAUCAACAAACAAAAAAAAGAAUCACUACUGAAUCGUCAAAUGGAGGGGAAUAGCCCCAUUAAAAAAAAAAACCCGGUGGUACCCUGAACAGGCUCCUCCUCCUUAGGUCACCACAAUGAGAGGAAGAGGGCUGCAUGCUAGAACCCAAAUGGGAAAUGCAGACCACAUUCAAUAAAUUGAAGCAUAUAUCGGGCAACAUUGUACAUAAAAGAGGAGAACGAGUUCAGAUUCUGAAUUAUAACAUAUCAUUUUACACUGACACACUCUGCUUCUGUUUUAUCUUUAAGCAUGUUGUAUAGCGGGUGUUUUUGGCAAUGUUAAUGAAAAACAGUAACGCAAUUAUGAUUUGGGCCAAAAUGCUAUGGAUAACCAGACAAUGUCAUAGUCUGUCUAUUAGGUGUUACCACGCGCUACAUUCUGUAUUUAUCCAAUAUAGAGGUCAAGGGUCAGGUUCAGUAUACACAGUACAGAUGAGAGGUCAGAUUUAGGGGUCUACAUGUGUCUUCUCUAGAGGUCAGGGGCACAGCGAUGGUGACAGAAAGAAUGAUCGCGGAUUAUCCAGUCUAUGACUGACGUCAUGGGGUUCCUUAAGUACUUCCAGUAGUGACUCAAAAGCCAAAGAAUCAAUCACGUGGAAUGUUUGGAUGUUGUCGCACACAGAGCACUUUCCCCUUUGUCUGCAGUCUGUGUGCCUCUCUCUCCCAGUGCUGCAGACAGGCAUGCAGUGUGUCCCUGCAGAUUAGUCCCAACUGUGUUAACAGGUGGUGUCACUAUUUAACAGUCCUCAUCAACACCCACUAUACUGGCUAGCUUGGCGCUCUCCAUAAACUCUUGCUAGAAAUCAAGUUCAGCUCUACUGGUACGCUGCAUGCAUUCACACUAUAGUGGGCUUAUAAUUCUAUAAGGGAGUUCCAAAAAUCCGCAAGCUAAAAUACGCUACAAAAGAUAGGUGCAUGUCAACAAACAAAACAUUUAACUUUUAUUUCUAUGCAAAGAAAGAUAUUGCACAAACUUAUGGGUUAUUAAAUGUAAUAAUGAUAUCAGUAUAAACAUGGAACAAAAACCUUUGCGAAUCAGACAACCUUUUGUAUUCGGCCACUCCCACAUCUCGUUUCAUUUAGCUUCAAAGUACUGAACUAAAGAAUGGAAAAGCAUAAUUGAAUUCAUAUGUCCAAGUGAAAAGAGCAUCCUUUUACAUUUGUGGAAUCAAAGGAAAAUGUUAUUUUUGUGUGUGUUUUUCCACCAAUCUAAGAUGACAUUUCUAAUCUGACAUACUGUAUGUGCCGAGGCCUCAACAGGUUACUUUUCCAGGACUUUAGUUUCCAGCCCAGCUGACAGACAGACAGUUGGUGUGUUCCAGGUGCUGCCAUAGCACUGGCAUUGUGUAAACCUCCAUAUUAGUCAUCAUCUCGUGUCCCUAUCAACACUGCAUCAUGUACAGUUGGACCGACGAAUAAACUACUGAAGUAUUUUA